UUUUUUCAGCAUGCCUUGUUCAGAUGGUAAUGGAAUCGAUACAGUUUGGUGUAAUCAGCAAUUAUUUAACUAUGCAAAUUUUUCUAUGAAAUCUAAAUACCCACCAAUACCUAACUUGCCACCAGCACCGUCUUAUGUUUCUCGACACGCCUUUGGGAUAGUUUACAGUGGAAUACAUGUAAAGCAUACAAAAUUUCCCAGGCCUGACGAUAACAACCGACGGCAUGUUGCUUUCAAUAUGACCUACACUUGCAACGAAAUAUCCGACAGAUCUCCAGCGAUAACUACUGUCCCAUGUAACAAAACUGAAGAAAAUUACAAGAUUAAUAUUGAACAUGACGACUUCUUUACCGUGACAUAUUCUACUAAGAGCGGGGGAUACCGGCAGUUAUAUGACAGGGAUACAGGUAGGGAUUACUCAAGGCAGAUAUACAACGGACAAACCACUAGCAAAACUAUUCAGUUCAAGUUUGAUUUCAUAGCACCGAUUCAUUGUUCUGAGCCUUAUUCCCAAACUAAAUGUAAUAACGGAGAAAAACCGAUCGAUGUUGGAGAGGACAUAACAAAGAAUCCGAUUCAACUUCGUUGGGAUGGCUGGUCGGACAAGUUGUCCGGAAUUGCUUACUACUACCUUGAGAUCUUUAAGCUGGAACCAAAUAUUAAUGGCUACCUUACAGAACUUGAGCCAUUAAAACCUAUAUAUUCAUUUAAGACGAAUAAAACAUCAUCUAUAAAUUUUCCAACAUAUUACCCUCCACAAACUGGAAUGUAUUCAAUUCUCCUGCAAGCAUCCGACAAGGCGAACAAUUCAAAAAUUGCUCGGCGACUGGUUCUAUAUGACAAUGAUUCAAUGAUAACACUGACGAAACCCGGCUUUAUUUCGGAUAAGCCUAUGAAGGUGUCAGAGAUGUCAUUAGGUGAUGGUGGUAUGCACAUUACCAGUGCAAUACCGGAAACUGGUUACAUGUGGCAGACCUCUAAAAAUGGAACAAAAACCCGUAUCGUAUUGAACUGGGAAAAACACUUCAUCAACGAGAUAUAUGACGAUGAAAAGUUGUUAAACAGGGUUCUUAAAUACCCCACACAAUUUGCAGAUCUGCAAGAUGAUGGUAUUCUUAGAAGUAAAAAGUAUGUUAACCUUACGGAUAAUGAGGGAGCGAGAACUCGCAAUGCUAUUCCAAACAAACGUGGUAUUGUCAAAUUUGAAAUCAAUCGAGUCCUCGGAGACGAUAGGGAGGUCCCAAAGACAGGAUGGAUACCUCAUGAUUUGACGGAAAAUUAUGAAAUGAUAGAAACACUAGACGAUGGAAGUCAUAUACGACUUUGGGUACGAGCUACUGACAUCAUGAAUCAUACUUUAGCAGAUUACACAGAAGUGCACAUUGAUAACACACAACCUAGGGUAGCUGGCGAAAACCUAGAAGAAAAUAUUGUAAACGGAACAUACACGCACACAUCAAGAAUAACGUUUAAGGCAUCAGAUGACGAUAGUGGUGUACAUCGGAUAGACUACGCGCUAUUUGUAGAAAAUCGUACCGCUGAACAAGGAAGUGGAACCACUCCAGCUAAUUAUAGAAAUAAUGCAUCUGUAGUUUGCAGCUCUGACCCCUCUUGUCACUGUGUAUUGGAAACCUGUUUUCUGGUACCUCAGACGCUGGAUAUUGAUAAUUGCUGGUUUCUCGUGCCAAAGGAAGACUUGAAUAAAUCUGCAAGAAUCGACGUAAAAGUCUAUAACCAGGCCCUUCUUCAUCAGGAAUUCUCAGUAAAUAUAAACAGAUUAACAGAUUUAAAUGGUCUGGAGGAAUAUUCUGGUCCGACAAAUAUUCGAGUGGAAAAGAAUCUUGCUUCAGGCGUACGGCUUGUUUGGGAUUUGCCUAAAACCGCAUCUUGCUACGGACGAGCUGAUAUUGAUGUGAUCUUGAUGAAUUCGGAUGGAAGCGUUAGAGUUGUAAAGGUUUAUAACGAAGGAACCUCAAUUGAUCUGGUUGGACUUGAACCGGAUAAAGAGUACAGUAUUUCACUGAAACUUGGAUACAAGGGCACAGAAUUGGCUGCACUACCUUAUACAUUUAAAACCGCUCCAAAGGAAAACUAUCUCUCAGGCGGUGUCAUAGCUGGAAUUAUUGCCAGUGUUUUGGUGAUAAUCGGUUUACUCAUCGCAAUAUUUGUAGUACUAUUAAGGAGAGGUCAUAUGAAGCCCGUUCAAAGAGGGUUAAGAGCGGUGUCCGUAAAAUAUCGCAAAUCUGUGGCUGGAGUUAGGGCAAGGGCAAGAAAUAAUGACUAUGUAACAGGGAACAGUAAUGCAGAAUCAUUGUAUAUGUAUGGGGAGAUGGAUUUCAAAGACAUUCAAAACUGGCAAAUGGGACGAGAUGACGUCAUUUUUGAGCGUUUACUGAAAUCUGGCAAUUUUGCCGAUAUCUAUCAUGCCAAAUUAAGAUCAACAAACACGACAGUAGUCGCAAAAACUCUGAAACAGAAUCACGCUGAACAAGAUAAGUUUCUGAUGAAGGCGAAGAUUAACUUUAAUUCCAUUGAAGUUGGACAGAAUGAAAAUGUGCUUCGCUUCAUUGGUGCAGUCGUCUCUGAAACCGACAUUGGACCAUUUAUAAUCUACGAAUAUUGUGCGAAUGGACAAAUGCGUGACUACCUGGAGACUAUGAAGAAUAGUCUUACUGUUGAGACACUAGAGCAGCAACUCAGAUUUGGACUCGGAGUGGCACGUGGGAUGGAUUAUCUUGCUCAAAGGAAGAUUGUUCACCGCCGCCUAGCUGCCCGCAAUGUUCUGCUUGAUUCUGAUCUUACACCGAAGAUCACUGGAUUCGGUCCCCAACCAGACGAAAAGAAGGGUGACGAUGGAAACGCAAAGAAACGGGAAAGGAUUCCUUUGAAGUGGAUGGCACCUGAGUGUCUGAAGUCUACAGCUGGUGCCACAGAAAAGAGUGACGUAUGGUCAUUUGGUGUUGUGCUAUGGGAAAUAUUCUCUUUCGGUGAAAGUCCAUAUGGUAGUAUGAGAGGUCGUGAACUCCCAGCAAAAUUAAAAGGUGGCUAUAGACUUCCAAAGCCUGAACAAUGUGAUGACAAAUGGUACGGUGUUAUGAAGCAGGCUUGGUCGGAAGAUCCGAAGAAGAGACCUAGCUUCAAAGAGAUAAGGAAUACACUGGAUGAGAUAUUCGUGGCAGCACCCACUGACGAUUACUAUUACUACAGAAAGUAGACAAACGAUCUAUGUAGACUUAAAGUAGUGACUACAACAAUAGAGUAAAUCAACGAAAGGAAAUCAACUUACUGUUUUGUGAAUAAUGCAUGACUAGGUUCCUCUUACUACGUGUUUUGUAACUAUUUUAGUAGAAUCACUUGAUUUAAAUGAUGUGUAAAAUUACGUAUUGAAACUAACAGUGUUUCGGACAGUUAUAAUGAAUCAUUUUGAACAUAUUUGUAUAAAAAAGUAUUUGUAAUGUAACACUUGUGUACCUGAAGUUUGUCUAUAUGGUUUACACUUAUAUAGGGAACACUUCCAAAAUUUCCUUGUCCUAAACCACAGGACCUAGGGCUCAAAUAUGGACCCGCCCUGGGGGUCACAUGGUCCAUAUAGACUUAUUUAGGGAAAACCUUUGUAAAUCUUCUUGUCUUAAACCACAAGUCCUAGGGCAUUGUUAUUUUAUAUGUAGCAUCAUCUAGAGGUCCUCUACGAGGAUUGUUCAAAUUAUUUCCCUAGGGUCAAAUAUGGCCCACCUAGGGGGUCACAUAUUUAAUAUAGACUUGUAUAGGAAAUAAUCUUGUCUUAAACCACAAGACCUAGACCUUUGAUAUUUGGUAUGUAGCAUUGCCUUUUGGUCCUCUACCAAGAGUGUUCAAAUGAUUACCAUGGGGUGAAAAAUGGCCCUGUCCCGUGGGUCCCUAGUUAAGGGGUAACCCGACUGUGACCUUGACCUACUGACCUACUUUCUUGUCUUGUAAGAUAGAGCCUUGAAAUUUGAAUGACAUGUACAGUUUUGCACACCGGUCUUAAACCUGACUUUCAGUGACCAGGAAUGUGAUCUACUGACCUACUUUCUUGUGUUUUUUAAGAUACACCCUUGGAUGACAUGUACAGUUUUGCACUCCAAAAUAUGACCUACUGGCCUACUUUAUUGUUGUUUUUUUUUUUAAAUACAGCCUUGAUGUACAGUUUUGCACAGUUUUGCACACCGAUCUUAAAACUGACUUUCAGUGACCAUGAAUGUGACCUACUGACUUACUUUCUUGUUUUUUUUUCAAGAUAUCGCAUUGAAAUUCGGAUGAUAUAUACAAUUUUGCACACCAAUCUUAACACUGACUUUCGGUGACCAUAAAUGUGACCUACUGACUUACUUUCUUGUUGUUUUUUUCAAGAUAUCGCAUUGAAAUUCGGAUGAUAUAUACAAUUUUGCACACCAAUCUUAACACUGACUUUCGGUGACCAUAAAUGUGACCUACUGACCAACUUUCUUGUUUUUUAAGAUACAGUCUUAAAAUUACUGGUGAUAUGUACAGUUUUUAUGCACCGAUCCUAAAACUGAUUUUCAGUGACCACCAUGAAUGUGACCUGCAGACCUACUUUCUUAAUAUUUUAGCAUCAGUUUAGGACAUUUAAAACAUGUAGCUCAUAUAACCCAAGUGAGCGAUCCAGGGUCAUCAUGGCACUCUUAUGUUUACGAGUUUCUUUUCAUUUUUCCAUUUCCUUCUAUUCAUAUGCAAAUUCGGAUCUGUAUCGUCGUUUCUUUUGGUUGUAAAUAAAUUUGUAAAUAUUG